AUGGCCAAAGGUCAAAGGAGCAAAAGAUCGGCUUAUAGUCAUAAUGGAUGUAAGCAAUGCAAACAAAGGAAGGUAAAAUGCGACGAACGCCGACCGCGAUGCUGGCAAUGCGAACGAUUGAAUAAGGAGUGUGGGUAUUUGGCAGACCGCAACUCUCGCAUGGAAGGAAAUAAUGGCAGAAGGUCAGCAGAUAGCGGAGAACCGUCGACUCAGGGUAGUCGCUCUUUCCUAUCAAACAACGAAAAUACCUCAGACUUCGCGACGAUGGACCACACAAACGUGCCAUUAGACUCAGCAGAUACUGCAAAUGACUCCGGCCGACUGGACUCUCUAUCUCUAUUUUCGGUAGCAGAAGAUUUAAGUGAAAUCGUCAACCUCAGGCUGGAGGAAAUGGUCGAAGUGCCUAACUUGACUGACGAUUUGGAUAAAUAUUUAGAGGGUGAUACUAUCGAAAACAUAUCUGGGAUUCCAUCUGUGCCUCUGAUCCAAGAUGUUCCUAUAAGCCAUCUCAAUGUUCAGGGACACGACACAAUUUAUUUGCAUCAGUUCUAUCAUCAUUUCGCAGAUAUUUUGUUGCCCUUUCAAGUCACAAUUGAUGGUAAGAAAGGUAAUCCACUCAGGGAUUUACUGAUGAUAUAUGCUCGAGAAACUCCAUAUCUUUUAUGUGCUAUACUCGCUUGUGGAGCUAGGCUGUCGCACCGUAAAACCGCUCUUUUAGAAGAUCAACAAAAUUAUAAAUUUUAUCUGCAGAGCUGCCUCCAGUUUCUCACGUCGGCAAUGGCAAAUAACUUGGCUUCACAAACAGAACACAUCCUUCUCACUGUUUUAACAAUGACUUGUGAUGGCGCAAUGGGUCCUACGCAGAAUUGGAGAUUUCAUCUGAAAGGAGCAAAGGGAUUACUGGUAAACAUUUCGAAGUUUGACUUUGAAAAUGACUCUCCUGCAUUGAUUGUGUGUAAGUUGUGGUUUUCCUCCAUCGAGAUUUUGGCUGGUUUAACUUCUCCAUUGGGCGGCACGCUGGCAACAGACGAAGAAUUUAACCUUCUUCUGUCCCUGACAGACAAGCAGAAAAGAAUACUUUACCAAGCCAAUUUCAUUCACUCAAAUGAUUUCAUUCUCUUUCAUGGAUUCACCGUUGAUCUCAUGGCUUGUCUCAAAGAUGUCAUUAAGGUCUUACAAGACAAACGUGAUUCGAAGCAAAAUCUGGAGCUAGUAAUUGAUUUACUAGCCGCAUUGAAAAAAGAAGCAAGUUCUGGUCCUGCCCUGGUGAACUGGUCAGAAUCAAAUAUCUUUCCAUGCCACUACGUUGCCAGACAUGCCCAAGAGCUCCCUACAAGGGAUAUGCAGGGUGUGAUUUUCUUCAAAGCAGGCGAGGCGUCCUUCGACUGGCCAGAAGUCUGUCAGCAGGCCUACAUAUUUGCCGCUAUGAUAUUGAUAUUGACAAGUGUAUUAGAGACUAGUAAAGACUCCGAGGUAGUCCAACAACUGGUGUCAGAUUUGCUUGUUUUUGCCGACCUUAUCAGCGGAUCAGGCGACCCACCCAAGUAUACGUGCUUGUUUUCUCUUCAAUGGCCCAUGUAUAUUGCUGGAUUGAAUAGUACUCGAGCUGCUGAUCGCCUCAAGGCAGAAAAGUUCUUCCGGCUUCUCGCCGAGAUUUAUUCUGGGUCGGCGUGUGCUCUGCUGGAAAAGCUUAAGAGGUCAUGGUAUGGCAAAAAUGAGGACAAGCAAAAUCACCCUGAUUAUAAUCUAGAUGUGGUUGCUUACUAA